AUGGACAGCAACUACCUUUGGCCAUGCAGGUUGGCGCAAGCCCAGCUGCACUUGGACGAUGUCCACGAAGCGCUGCUCGGCAGAGAGCAAAGUAGCUUGCAACGCGCUGGGGAACGCUUACGUCGCUCCGAGAAGGCGAUUGAGAGCCCAAAUCCAGCGGCGGAAGCAGAAGUUCGGACUUGGCUCGGCUAUGGACUACUUCUGCAAGGCGAUGUUGAGAAAGCGGCCGAGAAGUUGUCGCAGGCUUCUCGGGUGUCGAACCAGGCCUCCACACACCUCUUUCAGGCCCUGGCCUUUCAAGUUCUGGGCCGCGAUGGCAAUAGCGCCUUAAAUGUGGCGAAGCAUUGUGAGCCGCGCUUGAGGGAGGUGGCUCACCGUUUGCUGCCUGCUCUACCAAGCAGGCUUCAAGCGCACCUGGAUCAACUCUUCGACGAGACUCCAGCCCAGUUUGGCUACAGGUCCACAGCUACACCAGCAGCUCCUUCCAGAGUUAGUGACUACCAGAUGGGACAGAAGGUGGAGGUGUACAGCAAAAGCGCUGGAAGGUGGUUGCCUGCGGAGAUCAUACAGGCUGAGGUCGAAACGGUCAAGGUGCGAUAUGGAGCCACUGGAGAUCCCUCCAAAGACCUUCAGUUCUUUGAGAAGUUGCUGCUGCGGAGCUCGGAAAAUUUGAGGCCUGUGAAGGCCCAAAGCCUCGGGAAGCAAGGUCCUGCAGAGAAGGGUAUCGACGUUGACAGCGGAGCCAGCAGAGGCAAGUCUCCAAGGCCGUCGCCUAUGGCUCCGAAAGAUUUGGCACCUCCACGCCGCGCGUGUGUCACAAACAAAGAGGUUGUACAGGAAGCUGCUGCGCGAGAUUCCAAUAAUUUCAUGUUGAACCCAGAGGAUCUGCAGGUUGGCAAGGUCUUAGGCUCGGGUGGCUUCGGGGCGGUGUACCGUGGCACGUUCCGUGGAGAAGAGGUUGCCAUCAAAAAGCUGCACCUCGUUGAUGGACAGGUGAGUCCUGAACAGCUGGAGGAGUUCAAGAAAGAGGUUUGCAAUCUCCAAGCUCUUCGUCACCCGCGGCUGGUGAGUUUCAUAGGUUGCGCACUGAAGAUACCAUCCCUGAUGAUUGUGACUGAGUACAUGCCAAAUGGGUCUCUGUAUGAGGCUUUGCAUCAACGCAAGUUGAAGAUCGAACACGAGAGGCGUCACCACAUCGCCAAGCAGGUCUCAGAGGGCGUGACUUUCCUUCGCAGCAAGACUCCUCCCUUUGUCCACCGUGACCUAAAGAGUAUGAACGUCAUCAUGGAUUAUGAGCUCAACGCCAAGCUUUGUGACUUUGGGCUGACGCAGUCUAUGGAGAAGACCCACAUCAGUCGUCGAGACAAUGAGGGCGGAUCACCAAGGUACAUGGCACCUGAGCUCUUUGACUCCAAAGGCAAGAUCACCGAAAAGGUGGAUGUUUGGGCUUUGGGAUGCUUGGUGGUGGAAGUCAUCUCCAAUCGCCUCCCUCAUGAGGAGUGCACAUCGAUUCAGCAGGUCAUGACGAAGACCCUGGUAGAGAAGCAGUUGCCCUUCACGGAUUGGCGCGAGCUUCGCCAUCCAACGCCUUGCAGAGCUUUGUUUCAUCUUUCCACCUGA